UGCAAUCUCAAUCGCACACAAACUCUGCUUGCGCGACUGAUUGAUCUCCCUUGUGCGCGUUCCAGAAAGACUCUCCCCGGUUUCUACUUGACGCCUGCCCAGCUCGUGUCAUUAACCCAGUUCCUGCCUGCUUGAACUUUUCUUCCCAUCUCCACCUCUCCUCUAGUAACUUGAGCUUCAGGCUUAUCGGCCGCAUUAAACUAAAUCGAUCCCCACCCGGUUUUCUAGGCUUUCCCGAGCACGUCGUACCCCUCGAUUCCCUUUUCCGUCCCGUCUUUUUACCUUCCGGUCAACCCUCGGCCUUGAUUCUGUCCUUGUCACGUUGCCUUUCUUUUCACCCUUCGUUUUUUCUUGCUCCCUGGCCCGAGUGUUGCGCCAUCACUUCUCACACUGCCCCACUACUCCUCAACUCGCGUGAAUACCUACAUCAUGUCCGACCAGGCCAACUCUCACUACCAGGAACCCAUUAACGGGCUCAAGCCGUUAUCAAAUGCGGAAGGCUUCGACUUGCCUGCUACCGCCAGCGACCUGUCCCGCCGCGCGGAGCGCGCAGAGUUCUCAUACGCCGAUGGCCAGCCUCUAGGAGAGGCUGAGAUUGAAGAGGAUGACGAUGACGAAGAGGAAGAAGUCGAAGGGGAAUAUGUCGCCGUGGACCAUGACGAUAUCAACGAGUACCCUUACUGGUUCCGCCGCCCGCCCGUCCACCAACGCACAAAGUUGGACGAACUGCACCCGUUCGUGCAGGUUCUUACCGAGUCGAACGUGGAAGAUUGCGUCAAGGUCGAGGAGGCAUUCCCUGAACACGAGCGCUGCUCGCGCGAAAAGUUUCGUUAUCGCCUGAGCAGAUGCCCGGAAUUAUGUCUCGGCUUGUUUACUCUUCCAAUCCUCGGUGAGGGCGAGCCUAAGCCUCGCCCGACGUUGGUGGGGCACGUCAUCGCCACGAGAACCUCGAACCCUGUGGUGACAGAUAAGUCUAUGGAGCUACCGGCGAAGUGGCAGGAAGAGCGCAUGACUGUGGUGGACGGAGAGACCGUCGGUCAUGACGAGUACGGCAGCACGAUUGCCAUCCACUCUCUUGCUGUGCUGCCGGAACAUCAGGGCAAGCAAGUUGGCAGCACAUUGAUGAAGGCAUACAUUCAGCGGAUCAAGGAUGCGCAAAUCGCCGAUCGCAUUUCCAUCAUUGCGCAUGGCCCCUUGGUGCCUUAUUAUCAGUCUUUUGGUUUUGAGAACCGCGGUCCUAGCAACUGCCAAUUUGGCGGUGGUGGCUGGGUGAACAUGAUCUUCGAGUUCGCCAAGGAGUAAGCGCUCGUGGGCCUGUUCUUUAAUGCUACUGCAUCUCUGGGGCAUGGUGUUGUGGUUUUCUUUUUUGCUCCCUCCCCCUUAUGUCGUCUUCGAUUUCUCACGUUUUGUUCGUUUCUCUUGAUCUUUUUUCACACUACCCCGUUUUAUAUGACGCAUGCUAUGGAUUACACAGGAUUCGGUCUUACUGGUGGGUUCAUGAUAAAAAGCAACGGCGUUUGUCGGGCUACGAGGGUUUAGGGACCGAUGAUGAUGAUGCUGGUAUUAUGAUGGCCGGAUUGAAGCACCACGGGAUGGUUUGGUCAGGGCAGGCAUAUUUGUAUCAUAGUCCCCGGUAGUCAGUGUAAAUGAAUAUAUGGUAUAGACAUCGG